AUGGCUACGUUUCAAGGCUCUCAGGCUGAUAGCAAUGAUGGCGCUGCUACAACGCGGCUCGGAGUCGCGGUGGGACCCGCCGCAAACGAGCAAGUUUUGCGCGGCGCGAAGGGCCUCACACGAGAGGAUUAUGUACUGGCCGCAGCGCGGCGACGCGCGAGUCAUGCCGCCGGCGCCGCAUCCGCCAUAGCCACCGAGGCGGGAACUACGGGUACUACUACCUUCAGCCGCUCAGCCUCAAAUGGUGCCGCUAACUCCGCGGCUGGCUCCACCGCCGCCGCCGCCGUUUCUCGCCGACUACAACCGCGCCGCCAUUCCCUCGGGGAGUUUCAUCUGCCCCUCUCCGCGUCGACGCCUGCCGCGUUUUCCGCCGCCUCAGACGAAGAAGACACGAUUGAGAUUUCAGACGCAGAUUCGGAAUCUUUCAGCAGCAGCAUCGGCAGCAUCGGCAGCGCGGCUACUAUGAUUUCAUCUGCAGAUGAACCACUUGCUACAGGCGCGAGCCAUGACUGCUUGCUGGACGAGUUACCCGACGACGUUCUGGUCAGUAUCCUCGCCGCGGUUGGCUCUGCGCGACACGUGGCAGCGGCCGGCGCGGUCUGCCGUCGAUGGCGCCGCCUUGUGCCGUUCGUCCCGUCGCUCUCCUUCGCCCGCCUCUCACUCCCUGCUGCGAAAAUCGAAGAGGUGGUGUCGCGUAUGGUGAUGCGCUCGCACGGCCUGUCGUCUCUCCACGUGGAGACCGUGAAUGGCGGCGUGAGUCACGGCAGCGGCGUGAGUCACGGCAGCGGCAGCGUCAGCGUCAGCGGCGCCAGCAGCGGCGCGCAUCCCCGCGAGUUCAUCGUCGAGGCGUGGGCCCGCCACGCUGGCACCUCCCUCCGCCACGUCACCUUCACGCAGCACAAGGCCGUCAUUACUGCCGCCGGAUACUCUGCCACGUCAGCCGCUGGAGGCGGCUCCGACGUUCCCAGCUGCACGGUUUACGCGGGUGGUCCCGACCUGAGCUCCCAUCUCCAGCAUCUCGCGUCCCAUUGUCCCAACCUCUCCUCGAUGCGCCUCGGCUCGUUCACCCUCCCGCCGCAUUUCCCCCGCGGAUACUCCGUCUUUCCGCAUCUGCGCACGCUUUCCCUUGAGUGGACCAACCUGUCCGGUUCCACGCUCCAAUCGCUGCUCGACACGUGUCCCAACCUCCGCCACCUCUCCGUCUUCAUGGCGGCGGGUCUCGCUGCGCAAGCCGCCUCCUAUCCCGCCGGCGCCGGCUAUAACGCUGCCCUACAAGCCGCCGGCGGCGGCGCGCGGCCAGCAGCUUCCUCCGCGGCGGCGGGACAGCGCGCGGGGCUGUGCUUGCGCCUGCCCCCGCGAUUGGAGUAUAUUGAGCUGGCUUAUUUGCGCGUCUCCGCCGUCACACUUAUCUGCAGCGAGGCUGCCGCCUGUAUCGAGGACAAGAGCGUGCGCGGCAGCAACGGCGGCGGCGGCGGCGGAAGCGGAAGCGGAAGCGGCGGCGGCGGAAGCGGAAGCGGAAGCGGCGGCGGCAGAAGCGGAAGCGGAAGCGGCGGCCUCCGCGAGGUGUCGGUGCGAGACAUGUUCCUCACGGCGCUCUCCCUCCCCAACGCGCGCGCGCUCCAGUCUCUCUCCGUCGCCACUGCCUCCGCGCUGCGCCUCUCCGCGCCCGCUUCCGCCACACUCGCGUCGCUCGAGGUCCGCGCGGGAAGCGUGCACUGGCCGUCGCUCGAGUCGCUCGUCGCAGGCGCGGGCGCGUCGCUCAAGCACCUCGCGCUGGAUCUCUUCACCGUCGAAUGCGGCGGCUCCGGCGCACCGCCGCCGCGCAGCGCUGUCCCGACCGAUCCCCCGCGGGAGGCGGCGGCGCGCGGCGACGGUCUUGACGGGACGCGGGGAAACGGAAGCGGGAGCGGAAGCGGAAGUCUCGAUCUGCUGAAUUUGGAUUGGCUAACUGGUCAUUGCCCUAAUCUCUCCUCGCUUUCCCUAGGGCCUCUACCUUGGGAAUGCCUUAUCCGCGGCGGUUGCAUCACCGCUCCCGGUUGGUCUCCUGGGUCGGGUUCGGACGCGGGAGGUUCGGCAGAGGACUGGGUGACGGUGGGUCGGGUGAUGAAUCCGGAUGAUGUGAGAGCUUGGCCGAGCCAGCUGGAGAAUCUUUCUGUGAAGCUUCAGGGAAGGAGCGGGGCUACCCUGCUUUGGAUUGGUGCGUUUAUGCGGCAAUGUGCGGGUAGUUUGAAGAGUGUGGAGGUGGUGUGUAUGGAGGAUGAGGAGGAGGAGGAAGAUGAGGACGAGGAGGAGGAUGAGGAAGAGGUGGAGGAGGAGGAGGAGAUGAUGAGGCGUCUAUUCUUCUCCUCUGCGUUGAAUGCUCUUCAACGAGCGUUCCCACACAUAGACUUGGUUGCGCCGUGUUCCUAUGCGUAA